AUGUUGGCAUCUAUCGUGAUUGGGUUGGCUUUGGGCUUACAGUCGUCCGCCUCGCCGGUGGCCCGGUCAAAGCCAAAUCCACCAUUUCUGAUCAAUGUGGACGAUGAAACGGCUAUCAUUGGAAAUGACUUCUGGAAUGCCACCAUUGGUCGUCAGUAUGGCACCAAGCUCUACUACAAGAACGUUGACCUAGUGGGUGACGCAUGGGGUCACUAUGUGUCCUACAAUGGCGCCCAAAGCGACUUGAAUCUUACCAAUGCACGGAUACAUAAAGUCACUGGCGACUACACCGAUAUCGCUUUUACAGCGACAGAGGGGGAAUUUCAUUGGGUCUUGACGCCCACGUUGACGGGUGCAUAUCAGUACUUCGUGAACAAAGCCUUACCUACUCUUGGUGAAUUUCGUACUCUCUGGCGGCUUGCAAACGAUAGCUUUACCCACGGGUGGACGGACGAAAGGAACGAGGCACUGCCGCCCCUGUCGGACAUUGUGAAUGCCGUCAAGAUCCAAGAUGAGACCUGGCAGCAAGCUGACGGCACGUACAUCACAAAAUAUGAUUUCGCAACCUUCUUGCCGGUAAUUGAAGGGCAGUCCGCUCUCUGGGGACUCUACGGGCCGCUGGGUGGCCAAGAGGCGAGUGGCGAGCAAGUGGGCUCGUGGUAUAUUCAUGGGGGUAAAGACUACCUGAACGGCAACCAUCUGAAGCAGGAGUUGUUGGUGCACCGGGAGAGUCAGACUGGGGAUGCGGUGCAGCUGAACAUGAUCCAUGGCACGCAUUAUCAGGCCGUCAGCAGCGACGUGUUCCCGGAAGGUAAGACCUGGGGCCCAUGGUUGUGGUACUUGAAUGAUGGCUCCAUCCAGGACGCGGCGACUCGCGCCAAGAAGGAGAUUGCGGCUUGGCCAUACGACUGGAUGCAGGAUAGCCAUGGAUACCAUUCCCGCGGCAGUCUUCGAGGACGCAUCGUGCUCUCCGACGGCCAGGCUGCGAGCGGGGCGGCAGUUUUCUUAGGGGAUAACCAGUCCAAUACUAGCACGUUGGACCAGGGAGCCUGGUACUACUACCGGACAUAUGCCGAUGAGAACGGGUACUUUACCUUGAAGAAUGUCCGUGAGGGAACAUGGGGCCUUCGGGUUUUCGCUGCUGGAGGCGACGCGGCAGGCGGAGUGACUACUGUCCUCGAGAAGAACGACAUUUCCGUCCACAGCGGCGAAGCCCUGUGGUUAGGGGACGUGACUUGGGCUUCGCAAGGCCGCGAACUCAUCUGGCAGAUCGGGGAAGUCGAUCGCAAGGCCACCGGUUUUUCCUACAGCGGUGCUCCCCACAAAUUCGCGCGGGGACUCAACUGCCCGGCCAACCUGACCUUCACCGUGGGGAAGAGCCAGAGUAAGGACUGGUGCUUCGAGCAGUCAUCGCUGGGUACGUGGGCGGUGGAGUUCGACCUUUCCCGCAACUCGACGUCCCAGGGACGGUCAGCGGUCCUGUCGGUCGCGCUGGCCGGCUUCAGCGCAGGGAGUUCAGCUACGGUCUCUGUGAACGGGGUUUCCGUCGGAACGAUCAGCUCGAGCGUUCUUGCCAGCGACCCCAGUAGUUAUCGAUGUGGCACGCUGGCGGGUGAAUGGCAUCUGCUCGAGUUUCCGGUCUCGGCAGAUGCGCUUCGCAACGGGGCCAACUCCGUGGAGUUUACGAUCACCAAGUCGACGCUGUUUCGCGGAUGGAUUUAUGACAGCGUGUUGUUGGAAUGGGCAUGAGUUGAGUGUGGGCACUAUUGAAAAUGUAUUUUUUCUGCGAUUAACCUCGUUUUGCCUCAUCCUCUGCUGAAUAAAUUCGGUGAACGACUG